CAGAAAAUGGGUAAUAACUGAAGACGACCUCACAGCAGGGAAGUGAGAUCGGAUUGGCAAUGCAUCAGUGAGUGGCAUGAUUGAAGACAAGACAAAAAGCAGGCUACAGCAAAAGGUGUGAACUUCAUUUUUUCUCCUGAAACUAGGUUAAAGCUGAAGAGAUCAAGAUGAUUCCAAAUUACUCUACUGAAGAAACAGUUAAAAGAAUCCACGUCGACUGUCCCGUUUCAGGACGGCACAGUUACAUCUACGUUAUGGUUCCAACUGUUUACAGCAUCAUCUUUAUCAUAGGCAUUUUUGGGAACAGCCUGGUCGUUAUUGUCAUUUACUGCUACAUGAAAUUAAAAACAGUAGCCAGCAUCUUUCUUCUGAACCUGGCACUGGCUGAUUUGUGUUUUUUAAUAACUCUGCCUCUCUGGGCAGCCUACACGGCCAUGGAGUACCAGUGGCCUUUUGGCAACUGUCUGUGUAAGUUAGCAUCAGCCGGGAUAAGUUUCAACCUGUACGCCAGCGUGUUCCUCCUCACAUGCCUCAGCAUUGACCGGUACCUGGCCAUAGUACAUCCGGUGAAGUCCCGAAUUCGACGUACCAUGUUUGUUGCCAGGAUAACUUGCAUUGUCAUCUGGCUUCUCGCUGGUGUGGCCAGUUUGCCCGUUAUCAUUCACCGUAAUAUAUUCUUUGCUGAGAACUUGAACAUGACAGUGUGCGGCUUUCGGUAUGACAACAACAACACAACGCUCCGGGUCGGGUUGGGUUUAUCCAAAAAUCUGCUGGGCUUUUUAAUUCCUUUUCUGAUUAUAUUAACAAGCUACACCUUAAUUUGGAAGACCCUGAAGAAGGCAUAUCAAAUUCAAAAAAAUAAGACUAGAAAUGAUGAUAUUUUUAAGAUGAUUGUGGCAAUAGUAUUUUUCUUCUUCUUUUCCUGGAUUCCUCAUCAAGUGUUCACUUUUCUGGAUGUAUUAAUUCAAUUACAUGUAAUAACAGACUGCAAAAUCACUGAUAUUGUGGAUACGGCUAUGCCCUUCACCAUUUGCAUCGCUUACUUUAACAACUGUUUGAAUCCCUUUUUUUAUGUUUUUUUUGGAAAAAACUUUAAAAAAUACUUUCUUCAGCUAAUAAAAUACAUUCCACCAAAUGUCAGUGCACAUCCAAGCCUAACAACAAAAAUGAGCUCCCUCUCAUAUCGGCCAUCAGAAAAUAUACGCUUGCACACUAAAAAGACUGCUGGGUCUUUCGACGCCGAGUGAUGCGUUUUGCAAUACACUUUUUUUGAACAACCUUGUGAACGCAGCAGCAAGAAUGACAAAAUUCAUCUGCAGUCCUGAGCAUCACAGCUUACUGCUCAUUACAGAAACAUUAGAUCACCUCAGAGAAAUGAUACUGUAAAGAUUUAGCUGUGGCCUUUUAUUUUGCAUUGUCAGGAGGACUGCUUGGUUUUCAUUUUGUUUUUCUUUACUGAAAGCAACAUAAAUGAUGGACAGGCAUGUCAGAGUUUGUGUCAGCAUCCUGCCAUUUACUCAGAACUACAAAGGAAGGGUAGAGAAAACUCCUAAGUUCAGAGGUCUUUUUAAAGGAAAAGCUUGUAUAAAUUACAUGAAUUAUGAAGGACUUGUUUUGCACGUACAUGAGCUAGUCCAAAUUUUGUUCAAGGAGCUGGUAGAAAUACACUGCUUGUUUUGUUGGGGUUUUUUUAAUGACAUAAAUGUCAUAUCAUCAUAUUUAUAAUAUAUUUUCAAAUAUAUGCUAU